AUGGCGGACCCAAACUUAUUGUUUUCUCCCAUUAUCAGCUCGAAUGAUAUAGUUGGUCUAAACUCACUAUCUAAAAGUUCACCUUCACAACUACCUCAGUUUCAAUUAAAACGGUCGCGUGCACAACCUAUUCCCUUACCAACAACAACAACAACAACAGCAACACCUAGCACAGAUUACAAUAAUAGCAAUGGGAAACUCAUAGUUACUUCACCACCCAACGGGAAAUUAUCAAAUUUAUCGCAUGUUCCUUGCAAGUUUUAUAAACAAGGCACGUGUACUGCUGGGGCUAAUUGUACAUUCUCCCACAAUUCUGAUUUUUCUUCAGAAGCAGCCAUAUGUAAAUAUUUUUUGAAAGGAAAUUGCAAAUUCGGCUCGAAAUGCGCUUUGUUGCAUAAUAUGUCUAUAUUUCAUCAACAAUCUCAGCAUCAGCAAUAUCAGCAUAAUGGUAACAGCAAUGCUGGCAGACGAUUUUUAUCCUCUUCAGUCAAUAGUCAUUUAUAUAAUAUCGGUAAUGCGGCAACUGCAACGAGUAAUUAUAUCAGAAGAAGGCAACAAACAACCUCGAGUAGUUUAAGUGAUCAGAUGAUGAUGCUAAGCAUUUCUCCCCCCUUAAACUCGCCAUUACAUACACCUUUACCACCUCUACUUACACCUACCGCUACCACCUCUGCUGCUAUUACCGCUGCUGGUAAUAAUCCUGACCAGUUCAAUCAUCAUAACAACUAUCAAGAUCCUUUUUUUGGUACGUCUGCACCACCGUCUACCACGAUGUCUUCAUCUUUAUUCCACCAACAAUAUAAUCCUACAGCUAACAGUCCUAUCACAAACAACGGCAUGUGGAGACAGCAUAGUAGCAAUAGUUACAACAAUAUUGCAUCCCCACCAUUAACAGCUGGUGGCUUGAGGCAUGUCUCAGCAGUUACUGCUUCUACUGCUGAAGCUUUCGGUACUUCACCAUUGUUUAUCAGUGGUAAUAGUAACACUAGCCACCCAGCGCGGCAUCAUCACUCUUCAUCCCUCACCAACAAUCAUCGAGUUCAUGAUUACUUUGAUGAUGCUUUUAAUGAAAUAUUGCUAAAAGAAGAGGAAGAGGAAGAGGGCCUCUAUGACAGUGAAGAGAACGUGGACGAUAUUCAUGCUUUAAAUGAUGCUAUGCUACCUUCCUCUCUCAAUCAAGAUGUCUUCACUCCGAAGGAGUUACAACUUAGAAUGCAUAGACAACGGCAACAGAGCUUAUCCACAACUACAAUUGUUACUACUACUACAGCAACUCCUACGACGAUGACAGCAGGGAAUUGGUCUGGUAGUGUUCCUUUAGAAAACACUAAAACCUGGAGAAUACCUUUCUUAAUGAACAGCAAGCACCAACAACAUCUCUAUAAUAGUAAUAGAAUUGACAAGAAUAAUGAGCAACUCGUUAAUAGCGCACCUGCUAUAAACAUUCCUAGUAGCAGUAAACAUAACAAUAACAACGUCAACGGCUAUCUCUUACAACAACCAUUACAACAGGAUGACCUGUCCUUUUCGUUACAGGAUGAUGAAGUACAGUUCUUUAUGGAAGACGAUACCGUUACCAACAAUUAUGUAACAGAUAAAGAUGAUAAGGACAAUAAGAGUUACGACUUAUAUCACAAGACCUCAAAUGUGACCAACAGAUCCACCAAUAACAAUACGGCAUUUCCACCGUUACUAAGUCUCCCAACAUCAUCGAAGAAAAGUAUUUAA